AGCCCAGGACGAUGGGCGCCAACGGCCGAGACUCUCCUCAGCUCACUGCAGGCACUCGAAGCGCGCUAGGAAUGCGCAACAACUCCAACUUGGAGUCGUCUGCGACAACAGCCAGUGCGAAACCUCGAUGGCGGCAUUAGGAGGCCGUCCUUACGGGCCGAACGAGACUGAGCAGUCUGAGCGUUUCGCCCGGACCUGCAGAGGCGGAUACGACCACCGAGACGGCGAAAAGCAAACCCCGCUGGCGGCUGUGAGCUAUUGCUGGCCUCGUAUCCUUGUCGCACAGAACCUGGGCAACGAACGCGUACAGUUUCGUCCCCCCCUCGGUUCGAUCAGCGGAUAUCCAUUUUCCUUGGUUCCCAUUCUAGCGAUCGGUUAUGGCACGGCGUUUAUGGGUGAGCGGGCCUACAGCGUUGAAUUCGUCAGAGAGGAGAAUACUGCCCAAAGGGAGCCCACCAAGAGUUUUGGUCGGGCCUCCAGAAGGGUAAUCUUUAAUGCGAAGACCCUCGGGUGUCAAGAGGGAAGCACGUGAGAUGGACUAGUUGAAGGAGGAGAAGAAGACGACGACGAAGAAGAAGAAGGCGGGAGGGCAGGAAGGCGAUAAACAAACUAGCAAACCGUUAUACCCA